GGUUAGUGAACGAGGCCACAGGCGCACUUCUCUGUUACAGAGUUAGAUGAGAUUGUUUCGGUUUUCAAGGGACAUCAUUUCUCCUUACGUAAACAGUAUUUAAGUACACUUUCAAUAAUGAUUGGCAGGUUGACUCCCCGCUGAUGAGACAUGGGCUUUUAUUAAAUCUCGAAUUUUCAGGGUUCAGCCACCUAAGCGCACUUCUCUGUCAGCCUCAUCAUCAUUACCCCAUGUCCGUUAAUGAAGCAUCCGAUGCUUCGCUGCUCGGACUUCUUUGGCCGGAAAAAAAAAAACGCAUCCACACGCGCACUCACAGUCACAGUCACAGACUCACAGCAACAGCAGAUCAAAGGAUCUGCAAUUACCGAAUCGAAAGAAAAAGAGGAUCCGCAAUUGCCGCUGCAAAGGUUGAGCUGUGCCUUAAAACGACACCCCGUUGUGUAGAAGAGAAGAGGAAGGGACUCAAAGAAAGGUUUGUUGAACAGGUUUUGAUGGCUUCUGUGUUACAGAUCCAAGGGGACGAGUCGGUGCUCUUGCGCGUAACCCAUUCCAACCUCAAGAGCUUCUCCGCCGAGCUACGCUUCUCGCUCCAGACGACAGUGGAAUCGGCGAAAGAAAAGCUCUGGAGAAAAUGUGGGACUUCUCUGAAUUCAAUGUGCCUCGAGCUCUACGACGAUACCAACACCAAGGUUUCGGUUUUGACCGACGAUUCGAGGCCGCUCGGUUUCUGUUCUCCGCUUGAUGGGCCGUGCACUUUUAGAAAAUUUAAGGAAAAAUUGGCCUCUCAAAAUCCAUCAGCUCUUGGGAAAAAGAUACCCGACAACUAUAUGGAAGAUCUUUGUGCCAAUAUCAAGGUAGGAGAUAGAUGUGAAGUUGAACUGGGGGCAAAAAGAGGUGUUGUAAAAUUCCUUGGUCAGGCAGAACCUCUGGCACCUGGUUUCUGGGUUGUAAUUCAAUAUGAUGAACCGUUGGAAAAACAUGAUGGCAUGGCGAAAGGAGUACGUUACUUUAAUUGCGCUCCUCUUCACAGUGCAAUCAUUAGGCCAGACAAAGUAAAGGUUUGUAUGCAAUUUAUUCUUGUUCUUCAGGCUCAAAUCUGUUGGACUAGAUUUAAUUCAAGCCGUGCUUUUUUCCUUGUCUCAUUGCAAGCCGUAUUUUUAUAAGAAACAUACUUUUUCUUACAUUCUCUGUAUAGGAUUAGACUUGUUAUCCGAUAAUGAUAAAUGUAAAGUGUUGAGAGUUAGAUCAAGAUUCUUAU